AUGCCUGUGAGCACCUGGCCAGCCCCUCCGAAAUUCAAGAAGAAGACACCUCCACAAAUACCAUCUUCAUAUACAAGCUUCGGAACAAGCUACAAGGUGGAGAAUGGUGUCCCUGUAAACACGUCGUUCCCCUCGGUGAGGUUUGACAAAGAAAGGUUCAAGGAGCUCAUAAAUCUCUCCUUCUCCACGUUCAUCGAGCUACUAACAUUCCCACUUGAUCAUGAAGAGCUAAUAGAAGCUAUAAGCAAUGCACAUCUUGAAAUCAACCAAAUUCUCAAUGGAGGAAAGAAGAUGGAGGCCAUAUAUGAAAUUAGAAGAAUUAGGAACGAUCACACAAGAAAUAAAAAUAGGAUUGCAGAGGAAACUCGGAGAAAAGUAAGAGACUUCAAAAUAUAA